CGGGCGCAGCGGACUAUUCAGCCAAUCAUUGCCGUUGUUCUGAGGCAAGCUCACAUUUAGAAAAGCACGAUUGGCUUGAAAUUUGUCACAUGGAAAGAGAUGCCUUCAGGGUUCACAAAAAGAAAUCCGACCAGUGUUGCCAGGUGGGAAAUGUAGGAUUAUCGUACCAGAGGCAUAAAAUUAUCGUAUUUUGAGGGAAAUUAUCGUACACCCGUCAUAAUCAAAAUAACAAGUCUAUUGAUGCGCUGUUUGGAAUGCCCUGAUGCUGCAGUUCUAAGUUUUUAUUGCUUGGAUUUUCUGGUCCGUAUUUAAAAAAACUUGAAUACGAGUACUGAAUAUCGUAUUUCGAAUAUCUGCAAUUUAGAAUGUCGUUACUGAAUUGGUGAACGUUGACAUUCUUUUAUUUGGAAUCGAGUUUUUGAAAUGGUGGACCUUGAAAUAGCAUGUUUGAAUUUCAAGAGGUGAACUCAAAAUGAUAACAUUCAGAUGACCUUGUUUUAAAUAGUUAUGAAUUCAAUGGUGUUUACAUUUCCAAAAAACUAAAUUCAAUGACUUUUAGUACUCUUCAAAAUAUUAUGGCAGUGAUUUGCUUCCAUAAAUCAACAGACCCAACACAUUCGCGGAAGCAGCAUACUUGACAUAAUAUACAGCAAAACAUGUAUAUACAUAUUGAUCAUAUGUAUAUAACUGAAUGCAUGUAGAUUACCUUUAAACUUUUUGGUAUAUGCUUCUGAAGUUGUCGUUUGGCGAUCCGUAUUUCAUGGUUGUUUAGAAUCUUCAUUUUAGUUACACUGUGGAUACUUUUCCCAUAACGCAACAAUUUUUGUAAUUUAACACACACACACACAUGGACUUUAUCACAUUGCCCCAGCAGAGGGCAUCGUUUUACUACACAUUUCUACACCCUUUGAAAUUGUAUAAUAUAAUAUAUCUAACAACACAGAAAAGCUAUAAGAGCUAACAAGAAGAGCUCAAAUAUGUUCAAUUUGAUAAACCGGCCAAAUUGUCUUUCUCCUCAAGCAGAUUAACAAUGGAAUUAGUGGCCUGUUGUGACCUACAGCCAGGUAUACCGUAUGGCUCAGUACACGUUCAUCACCUGGGCUCAAAACCGCUUUUGAAAUUCUGGUGAAAGUGUUUGUUGAGCCUAGAGAACUUUGGAGAGCAGGAAUGAGUGAGGUCAACAUUUUAGAUUGGACAUUCCUAACCAAAUGGAUAUUUGUGGGUACAGGAAAUGGACCAUGAUGAGAUUACUCUGAGACAUGUAGUUGUAUUUUAUUCAUAAGAAGAUUUUUUUUUAUAUAAAGACCAAUAUUUUCAUCAAUAUUAAACGUCUAAAACGUUUAACCAAAUGUUUUCAAUGCCUGAUUUUUUAUCGAAAUGUUAAAACAAGUUCUGCCAUUUAAAAAAAUUCUGUUGCAGAUAUUAGUGAUACGGUGUUCAUUAGAUUACUUAUAUUGCAGCGCUCGGAAUACGGACCAGAGAAUUCAUGCAACAAAAUUGAAAGCUGAAGCAAAGGAAAGGCAUAACAAUCAAGACUGAAUGAGUUUUCUCUGAUCACAUGGCAGUAGAUUGGAUUUCAUUCAGUCUCGCUUGCUUAGGCCUGCUUUUGGAAUGCCUUGAUACUGCAGUUCCAGCUUUAAUGGCUUGACUUUUCUGGUCCGUAUUUUGACUAGGGAUGCACCGAUCCGCUUUUUUCACCUCCGAUACCGAUACCGAUAUCUGAGGUUUAGUAUCGGCCGAUACCGAUCCGAUACCGAUAUAGAAAAACAGCGCGAAAUUAUGGCUACAAACUGUAAGUUUCAUUGAGGGGAAAAGACUGGGAUCAUGAGACUUGAAUUAUUUGACAACUUUAAUUUAGCUCAUGACUCAUUCACGAAAUUAGGGAAUAAAGCAUGUUUUUCUAUCGUGUGAAAGCGUAGUUGACUUUCCUUAGAACUAUUAAGUUAAUUGGUGUCAUUCGCUGGGGGGAGGGGGAGUUACUAACUGCAUGCAUUGCUUAAGCAUCUCAAAAUGUUGGCGCAUUUUUUGGGAUAUAUUCACUAUACCACGGUGGGGAAAGUCGCUGUUUUUUCUGUAGGUAUAGGUAAUUGGUGUUGAGACAGUUGGGUUGGGACGGGCUUCUGCUUCAAGCAUUGUUCCUAAGGCUCUUUAGAAAUGUGAUAUGGCAGUGUAAGGAGUGUUCCGUUGCAGUAGCUACAUCACCAUCAUUACAUGAUUCUUCAGCUGAUUGCCAGGAUGAGGAGUUUGUGGAAGAGGAAGUUUCUGUUGCACCCCUAGAUAAAUGCAGAAUUUAAGCGCAUUACCACCAUGCCCCUGCAAUCCAGAUUUCUGACACAAACUUCUAAAGCUGUUCGAAAAAAACGAGGAGGACACGAGGAGCCCCCAUGACUCAAUGGGUGGCUGGCCUCCAGGCCUCAUGAUUUGGCUCAAGGGUGUGUCAUUUAUUUGAAAAGAUUGUCACGUUACGGGAAUAGUCUACACAGUCGACUUAAAAUGAAGAUUCUUAACAACCAUGAAAUACGGAUUGCCGCACAACUGCUGGUAAAGCAUAUACCAAAAAGUUUAAAGGUAUAUGGAUUUCUGUUCGCUCUGAACAGAACCGAAGGGAGUAGACCUCCUACGGUGAUCUCAGUGGACGCCUGGCCGGAGCUGAACGUCAUCGUCAGCCGUACCCAAACCGAGAACAAGAGAGAUCCAAAGGAACGGGUUUUAUUUUUCAGCAAGGAUGAGCAGAUUCUAUCGACUAUUUUAAAGGAACAUGACGUCGUUGACUGGACUGCUUCUCUCAGUUUUGCAGGAAUAGACAACUCUUAUUCUCCACUGUUGAAAGACAUAUCCUCUCAAAGAGGCAGCAGCUUCAGGAGCCUAUGUCAUGCGCAUCUAUUACAUUUGACAGAUUUGGAUUCCCUGCUCUCAACAGAACACAGUGAGGAUCACUUUAGGAUCUCCUCUUUGAACGACUCCAACGUUGAGUUGGUCAACAAAACUUGGAAGUUCGGUGGGGAUGAGGAUGGAGGCAGACACAUCAAAAAGAUGAUUGGCAACUUUCCCUCAUGUUGCAUCGUCGAUGACCAUGGACAACCCGUUUCCUGGAUUAUACUGGAUGAUUUCUGUACCAUGGGCAUGCUUCACACGCUACCAGCACACAGAGGAAAGGGCUACGCCAAAGCCCUGGUGAGCUGCAUGGCCCGGAAACUCCAUGCCCAGGGCUUUCCAGUGUACUGCUUUGUGGAGGAGGAGAACGCAGUGUCCUACAAGCUCCUCACGAACCUGGGCUUUGUUGAAGAUCCUUCAUACAGGGCUGCCUGGUGGGAUUGCAACUUCUAAGGAUUUAAAUUGUGUGCUUUUUUUUUGUAUUCUCGAAUUGCUUUGAAUCAUUUCAAUUAAUUCAUAUAUGGAUUAAGUUGGGUUUAAGAUACAGUUAUCAAUGGGUUUACAUUUGACAAAGCAUAGCAUUUAUCGAGGGCACAUGAUUGACGGCCAUGUGAAUUAGACACUGGAAUCCAGGCAUCAAGAGGGUCUGUAGAGGAAGACACACCUUAUAACGGCAUGUCAGAGAUUGACAUUGCUUCUUGUAUACAUAAAAUACCAAAGCUUGAAUAAAAUGGCAUUCACUGACAUGAAAUAUUUCAGUUUCAAAUUUGAAAUAAUAAAAAAAAAAAUCAGGCAUUGAAAACAUUUGGUUAAACAGACGUUUAAUAUUGAUGAAAAUAUUGGCCUUUACAUAAAAAAAAAUC